GCGUCCUUAGCCUUCUGGCUAACAGCUCUGAGAAGAUGGCAUCCCCGGACCAACCUGACCACCAAAAUCAGAACGCUGCUCCAGCCAAAGACGCGGCUCCAAGAGAAGCGCUGAUUGUCACGGCAGUGAGGUUUCUACAAAACCAGCAAGUUCGUCAAAGCCCCCUGGCGACCAGAAAAGCUUUCUUGAAGAAAAAAGGUCUGACUGAUGAGGAGGUUGAUCUGGCUAUCGAGCGGUCCGGUAGUACGGAGGAGCCUCUGACUGUCGCCGUUCCCAGACCUGCACACAUCGCUCACCCUGUUCCACUGGCCCCGUACAGUCCCUCAGGUUACAGAUGGAGAGACUACAGUGCCCUGGCUGUCAUCCUGGCAGGAAUGGCCUUUGGCUUCUAUCAUCUCUACCGGAAAUACAUCCUUCCCUUCAUUAUGGGCAGCAAAGAGGACAAGAAGCAUCUGCAGCGGAUCGAGAGCAACAUCGCGGAUAUGAGUGGCACGGUGACACAGACAGUCACCCAGUUGCAGAUGACCCUGGCUUCAGUGCAGGAGCUGCUGGUCCAGCAACAGAAGAAAAUACAGGAGCUGACACAAGAGCUGGCUAACUCGCAGGCCUCAUCUGCCACCAACCGCAUGCUGGAGUCUCAGAGCAUCAGUGAACUCAAGGCUGAGAUUGUGUCUCUGAAGGGUCUUCUUCUCAGCAGGAGACAGUUCCCCGCUUCACCCUCCGUUCCCAAAAUCCCAUCCUGGCAAAUCCCUCUCAAACCCGGAUCGCUGUCCAACCCGCCCUCCGUCAACCACACCAACAGCAGUAGUGACAUCUCCCCCGUCAGCAACGAGUCAACCAACUCCUCCCCUGUCAAAGAGGGCAACGGCUCGCACUGCCUGAACGGAGAAGUGGGCCUGGGCUCCAUUCUUCCUCUGGACCUGAAAGACCAGGUCCGUAUGGAAGUCCAGGGGGAGGAGGAGAAGAAAGAGGAUGAUGAGGAUGAAGACGAGGAUGACGACCUGACCCAUGCGGAUGAGGAAGACCACCUGAGCGUGCAGACAGAGGACAGGAGAGGAGGUGACGGACAGAUAAACGAGCAGGUGGAGAAGCUGCGGCGUCCAGAGGGUGCGAGCAAUGAGGGCGAGGUCGAUUAGAAAGAAACUCCGGACUUCAUCCGUCCAUUCGCUUCUCUCAGUUUCCUUACAGUUCAUUUAAGUUCUGAUAUCACACCCUAAUUGCAGUAAAACAGCUACCGUGAGCAUCAAUUAACACUGUACGAAAGCGGCAGGUUCUUUACCCUUUAGAAUUUUUAACAUGCAAACUUUCAACGUGCAAACCAGAGUGGCGGCACAAACCUUCUGCAUGCCUGAACAAGCACAGCAACAGAAAUUUCUGGAAAGACGACAAGAGAAAUAUGACUUUUUUUAAUGCAAUCCAUACAUUUCCCUUAAUGCUAGCUAGCUGUUUUACUAGAGACUGUAGUACUCCAA